AUGGCGCUGACCGUCGGCGCCGCUGCCGCCGCCUGCCUCACGGCCAGGGCCCCCGCCCCGGGGGAGGCCCCGGGCGCCGCCGCCGACGGGCCCCGGGCGCCGCCUCCGCCGAGGCCCGCCGCCGUGCGGCCGCCCCGGGCGACGGGCCUCGCCGCCGCGGCGCCCUGGGCCCCGGCCUCGGGCCGCGGGGGCCGCCGCGGCUGGCGGGCCGCGGCCGCGGCGCUGGGCUGCCCCGACCCGGCCCCAGACGUGCCACUGCAGCAAGAAGAGGCUGCGCACCGCGAGGCGAGCAGUGCGGAGUGGAUGUGGCGCCAGCGAGGCUACGACGCCGCGGCGCCCUCGGGGCCCGGCUACUCCAGCCUCGUCGGGGAGGAGGGGCUGGCCGCCGUGCGGAUGGUCCCUCCGAUGCUCGCCCCGCCCUUGACGGCCGCCAAGGACGCCCGUCUGCCGGAGGCCCCCCGGGCGGGCGGCCUCGGCGACGCGGGGGCGCGCGGGCCGCGGUUCGGCUUGCUGCCGCCCCCGCUGGACGGCGUGGUCAACGCACGCCUCGGCGCCGCGCAGCCUGCCCUCGUCAGCAAGCUGGACGCCAUGGUCGACAUCCGCAUCGUGCCAGAUCCGCCCUCGGAGGCGGAGCGGGAGCGCAUCGCCGCCGUGGAGGCGGACCUGCAGUCGUGCAUCUGCCGCGUCCCGGAGCCGUACAUCAGGGCGCAGCGGCCCGAUCACCGCGUGCGCCCUCCGCUGCGGUACGAGCCCAUGUGGAGGGGCCUCGAGCGCAGCGGCAUCUGGUUCCAGGAGGCGCCCGCCCCGCCGAAGGAUAUCCACCUCGAACACGAGACCAACACGGAGCUGAAAACUCGGUGCAUGAACCUCAACCUGCCAGUCUCUGGCAACCGGGCACAGUUGGAGGAUCGACUCAAGUUCAACAUUUACGAAUGCAAGAAGAUGACGGUUAAACAGUUGAAGCAGGUGUGCAUGACGAUGGGUUGUCGAAGUGGAGCUAAACAGUUUAUGAUCGAGCAGCUCGAGGAGCUUCACGACACUCAAUUUGAUAACCUGACGCUGGACGAGCUGCGCGUCGAGUGCACCUUCCGCGGCCUGGAUGCCGACGGGACGCAUCCGCAGCUGAGGGCACGGGUCCAGGCCUACCUAAGCAAAGCUUGACGGAGUUGCUGACUUGCGGCACGUCCCAAAUAGUUCACCACCCACUACCGCUCUGUCUCUCUCUCUCUCUCUCUCUCCUCUUUCUCUCUCUCUCUCUCUUUCUCUUUAUCUCUCCCUCUCUUUUCUCUCUCACUGUGGAUUCGCAU